AACCUGUGAACUUCACACAACAACAGAUCAAACAAUUACAUGAAGCUCGAAAACAGGAUGAUAUUCGCCAAAAUGCUAUUAGUAUUGCUAAUACUAGUUAUGUAUUUCAAGCUCCUGAUGCAAUCCAUUUCUCUGUUGCUGUAAGUUACGUCAAGGCUCAUUUUAUGGCUCUUGGAUUCAAAGUUGAUUCGAAUCUUUCUAAUGUCGAUCCAAACA